ACUGUAGCUACAGUCACAGAAAUCCAACAUGGCGCUCCCCAUGAGAAAUAACGUGAAAUUACUUCUACGAUUCAUUCAAAAACAUCGUUCUCAAAGUCGAUUAUUCAGCGCGGGAGAAUGUGCAGAUACAAAGCCGUGUACAUGGGCCAGAGUGUUCUCGGGGAUCCAGCCCACUGGGGUGCCCCACCUGGGGAACUUCCUGGGGGCCCUGCAGAGCUGGGUGUCCCUGCAGAGCCAGUACCCGUCCGUGCUGUACAGCAUUGUGGACCUGCACUCCAUCACCCAGCCCCAGGACCCCGCGCUGCUUCGGCUUCACAUCCUGGACAUGGCCGCCAGCCUGCUGGCCUGUGGCAUCAACCCAGACACCUCUAUCCUCUUCCAACAGUCCCAGGUGUCUGAGCAUGCAGAGCUCUCCUGGAUCCUUGGCUGCCUCACCAGUAUGCCUCGUCUGCGCCACCUGCCACAGUGGAAGAUGAAGAGCAAACAGAAGAACGAGGGCAGUGUGGGACUGUACACCUACCCUGUUCUGCAGGCUGCAGACAUCCUCCUAUACAAGUCCACUCUGGUGCCGGUGGGGGAGGACCAGGUGCAGCACCUGGAGCUGGCCCAGGACCUGGCACGCAUCUUCAACCACCAGUACGGAGAACUGUUCCCCGAGCCUCGCGCUCUGCUCAGCUCCACGCGGAAGGUCAAAUCCCUCCGUGAGCCCUCUUCCAAGAUGUCGAAGUCGGACCCCCAGAAAAUGGCAACCGUCAGCCUCACUGACUCGCCAGACGACAUUGCUCUGAAGAUCCGGCGCGCUGUCACAGACUUCACUUCCGAGGUGACCUUUGACCCUGAGCGCCGUCCGGGCGUGUCAAACCUGGUGCUGUUGCACGCAGGCGUGGCAGGGUUGAGCGUGGAGGAGGUGGUGCUGCAGGCGCAGGGCAUGGACACGGCCAGGUACAAGCAGCUGGUGGCCGAGGCUGUGAUCCAGAGGCUGGGGCCCAUCAGGGAGGAGAUCCUCAGGCUGAGGGCCGAGCGGGGCCACCUGGAGCUGCUGUUGAGGCAGGGGGCGCGGAGGGCCCGUGAGCUGGCGGCCCCCACCCUCCAGGAGGUGCGGCAGCGCGUCGGCUUCUGCUGAUGAGGGGACUUGGGGGAGGGUGGGACUGACUGAGGUAGGCUGAAAAAGCUGUCUUUAAACAGGACAAAGGGGGCUGGAAAAUUCUACUGGAGCUUUAUAAUGUGUGCUAUUAUUGUCGUCUCUACUUUUAUAUUGCUGGCAAUUUUUUUUAUUUUAAAAAGUAAAUAAAUGUAUUAUUUAUUACCUUU